AUGAGCUCCUCAAUAACGUCCUCCAACGUGAGCACUCCAACGGCUCCAGUGUCCAUACCUGGACUGAUCAGAAUACGAACCAGCAGCAUUCCAACGAAGUUUGUUGGCUCGCCCGGAAGAUGGAUCGGGAUUCUGGAGAAUCCGGCGUUGAAGAUCUCCUCGACAACCUCCUCGUCCAAAAUCCGAUCGGACGGAAGCGUGUACACCUUAUCGAUAGGAGUCAUGAUCGUGCAGACCUUUUUCUCCUUCAAGUCGAGAACGGCACUGAUGAUGGUGACCUCGUCCUGGUUGAGUCUCUCGACUCCCAUGGUUUUGUGGAGAGUGACAAGGGUCUUGAGCCCGCUUUUACGGUAUGCGGUACCGUGA